CUUGCCGCCAUCAUAUCCUUACAGCGGCGCCACCGUCUCCUCCUACCCGACCCUCCUCUCCGACGUCCGUCACUGGUUCAUGCUUCCUCGCCGCAUCCUCUCCGCGCUUCUGUUCCCUUCCCCGCCUCGCGCUCAAAGCGCAUCUCCGUGGCGCCGCUGGAGGCCAUGUCCCACGUGAUCCCAUCGCUCUGCACAUAGUCACAGGCCUUCCCGGAUCAGUCCGAGGCCGCCGACGCCAUCUCCGUCUGUCAAGCCGCCCUCUCCUCUCCGCUCCUCACCGUCGUCUUCGCAUCUUGCAACACCGGUCGUAGGGACGCACUCGCGCCAUGGCUACGAUUCUGCCCAACGCUGGCCGCGUGGAUAUACACCGCGUGCCGCGCCCAUGACGCUAUCGUGUGGCCGCGGCGAGGGAGUCGGCGUCGGAUGCGCAGGGCGUACGGUGGCGGCGGCAGCGGAGACCACGGCUACGGUGGACCUGCCACUGCUCCUGGACGAUGCGGAGGUAUGCGCGGGAGCGGGCGCGGGCGCGGGCGAGUCCGGAGAGAAUGUGGCCGGCGUUAGCAGCGCGCAGACAAGGACGGCAGGGUGGAGGGGCGUUCGGCAGAGCACGUCAAAGCCAGCCUCGUUGUCUGCGGUACACGGGCGCGCCGACCAACCGGCGAGCGCAGCGGAACGUGGGCGCUCACAUUAAAUCCCUCGGCUCGCUCUGCAAGGCCUGCAAGCCUGAGAUCAGCUACUCCACCAGCUUGGAAAUGAGCAGAGCCUGCCUGAUGAGAUUGUUUUACCACCCACAUUGUUCAGUCGUCAUUUUCAGAUUUUCUCAUAUUCGGCGCCAUUUUGACAAUGCAUGUUCUGAUCAUAAUUACUAUGACAGUCACAAGAAGGCAGCGUUCCUUCUGUACAAGCACGAUGUUAUCCAAGUUGUUGCCAAUUUAACCAUCAUGAAUGACAAGGAUAUUGCCUCUGCGCAGUCAAUUUUGUUUCCUCCAAGGUUGCUGGCUGACUUUGCUGUUUGGGUGGGUGAAAAAACCAUCGUCUUUUCUCAGGGAGAAAUACAAGGUUUUUAUAGUCUUCUAUGUCGAUGAGAUUGCAUAGAUUCCGCAACAUCAUUCAGUUAUCACGGAAAGCCUCUUCUAUUUCUCUUAUAUGGAAAGAAUACUAACUCUGGAUAUUACUCAAAGCCUGCUACUUAUAAGGUGCACGAUAUGUCGAUAUGCCAUUAGCUGCAAUGUCAAUUUGUCAUAAACAUGUUAUGGUGCUGUUUUCAAAUAUAUGGAAGUUUUCAUUAAAAUCACAUGUACCAAACUGUGCAGAUUUUUUUUUUACUAAUUUGACCUAAAUAAUACCUCACUUUUCUUAAGUUAAGAAUCAAUGAUUACUUCAUCUACAUUUACUUUUCCAAACAUCUCAUCUUACAACCAUUUUCUCAUGCACAACACCCUGAGCUGAAUAUAUGCAUUGUGAAGCCACCUGCUAAAAUGGUCUCAACUCUAGCUAAAAUGCGCUGAUUGCACGCACAUAUUGGAGGCAACCGACCACCAAUUAGCAGAUCAAAUGUGUACAAUCCAAUCAGAGAUGAAUCCGACAUCGACCCAAGUAUCAUCAACAUCAAAAUUUAUAUCCAAAAGAUUUCUUGAUCGAAUUCCCUUCGCUCGAGCUUCCAGACAAUGUUCUCUAAAAGAAGGUUAGCAUGAACAUCAGAUAUAUCAUGUGUUGUGGACUCAUUUGUAGGCAAGGCAUAUUUUCAAAGGAACAAGAAGAAGGACCGUGAGUUAUCCAGUUUGGCCGAGCCCACAUCUUAGAGAUAGAUUAGUUCAGUUCAGAUUUGUUAGCUUGGUUAGUCUUUGAAUUAGAGAUAGGCAUCAGUUAGAG